UUCAGAAAUACUGCAAUAUUUAUACUCUGCCCUUGUACGUGCCACGGACAGGCAAGGAGAAAGAGAUUUCACACUGAGCGAAAACGCCAAAAUGAAUCAACUACUGAAGCUGCCCCGGCUGGCCACCAGAGCCUUUACCACAACAGCCAGACAGAUGAAGAACAGGGUGCCGGAGCACCAGAAGCUAUUCCAGGCGGACAAUGGAUUGCCUGUCCACAUCAAGGGAGGGACCACUGAUGUUGUCCUCUAUCGUAUAACGAUGACCAUAACCCUCGCAGGUACUGGAUACUCCUUAUUCUGGCUUCUUUGUGCCUGUCAGCCUACAUGCAAAUGAGCGAGGGUGCCCAGCAAAUGCAUUUAUUAGUUGUAUAACUCAGAAGUUCCAUUCAAAUUCAGUGUCAUGCCACACUGUGCAGAAUAAAACCGGCGGUCAUGCCUCUGUCUAA